GACGCAACUUCCGGUUUCUAAUUAUAAAUAAACAUCAUGCUGAACUUGUGAAGGAGAGUUUUCCUAAACUCAGUGUUAGUUAAAUUGUAAAUGGAGGCUAUAUUUAGCUAUCAACCUGACGAGGAAGAGGAUUUCUAUAAAAUCCUUGGCUGUAACGAACAUUCGAACACUGUGCAGAUAACAACAGAGUAUAAAGCCAGGGUUCUCAGUUGUCACCCUGAUAAACAUCCUGGAGAUGAAUCUAAAGAUAAACAGUUUAGACUAUUACAAAAAGCAAAGGAUGUCUUGUGUGAUGAGGAGAAAAGAAAACGUUAUGACCAAUGGAAAAAUGCAGGAAUCUCGAUGUCAUUCAGCCAGUGGUGUUCAUUACGUGAUACUGUACACACUUCCAUGCACUGGGGUUCUGUAAAAACUAAACCAAUGAUAGAGCAUGAUAAACCAGAGACAACACAACACAACUUCAGAAAAUCUGAUUUUGACCAUGUUACAAUAAGCAAUCAUCAAGAUUGGAAUAGAGAUGAACCUUCAGAAAUGUUGAGGAAAUUCAGGAACUAUCAAAUAUGAAAUGAUAUAUCGUAUUAUUUAAUUCACAUUUGAAAGUUUGAUUGGGCUGAUAAUCAUGUAAACAUUCCAGUAUUAUUUCAGUUACUAUGUUUGUAACGCAAAAAAAAUAAAUGUUUCAAUGAAGCUAUGGAGUAACACUUGCAACUGUGUUUGUGCAUGACUUGUCAGAAAUUUAAGUUCAUCUUCUUAGACAUGCAGAACUAGAAAUAUGCAAAGAGGUUACAGAUUUUCAUAAUUUAACUUUUGUAAAGUGUUUUGAAAGGGAAACUUGUGUGGAUACUUUAUUGCCCAAAGGAUUUUUCAGAGAAAACCCAAGGGUAAUAUGCAUUUCUACCCAUCUCAUGUCUGUGUGCCAAUAUGUCCCUCCAUCUAUAACAGUUUUCUUGUUACUGGAUUUUGCCUUUUAUUUAUUAUUUUAUUGGUGUGAUUCUUGUUUAGAAUGAUUGCAUUCAAUCUGUUGAUAACAUUAGAUUUUAGGUAAGGGUCACUUAUGAUAGAAGCAUGAUUUAUACAAUGCUAAAUGGUCUUGUGAAGUAUUUUCCUCUAUUGUUCCUUGUUCAGGUUUUUUUAUUCCCCCACCGUAGCGGAGGGGGCAUUAAGUUUUACCUUUGUCCGUCUGUACGUACAUCCGUACGUCCCAAGAUUGGUUUCUGUUCUCUAACUUGAGUUUGCCUCAACCAAAUGUCAUGAAACUUAUACACAAUGCUUAAUACCACAAAACACAGAUCAAGUUUGAAUUUUGGUGGCGUCACUUUAACCGCUCUAGAGUUAUGCUCCUUUAUAAAUGGAAAAAUUGCAAAAUUUUUAGGUCUGGUUCUCUUACUUAAGUUUGCCUUAACCAAAUGUUAUGAAACUUAUACACAAUGCUUAUUAUCACAAAAUACAUAUCAAGUUUGAAUUUUGGUGGGGUCACUUUAACCAUUCACGAGUUUUGCCCCUUUAUAAAUAGAAAGCAAUUGAAAAUUGUUAGUUUCCGUUCUCUAACUUAAGUUAGCCUCAACCAAAUGUUAUGAAACUUAUACACAAUGCUUUUUACCACAAACUACAGAUCAAGUUGAAUUUUGGUGGCGCCACUUUAAUCAUUAUCGAGUUAUGCCCCUUUGAAAAUAGAAAAAUUGCAUAACUUUUAGUUUCCGUUCUGUAACUUAAGUUUGUCCCAACCAAACAUUAUGAGACCUAUACACAAUACUUAUUACCACAAAACUCAGAUCAAGUACAAAUUUGGGUAGCAUCACUUUUAUCAUUCUUGAGUUAUAAUGUUGUAUGCAAGUGGGGGCAUCAUCUGUGUCCAUGGGGACACAUUCUCCAUUUAUUUUGUUGAAUUCACUUUAAUAGUUUUUUAUGAGAUUUUGGAGUUUUGAAUAUUGGUUAGGAUAGUUUUUUUUUAGAUUGGAUUUGGAUUAGAUGAAAUUGAAAGGAAGGCUUGUGGUCUAACACAGUUUGACAGUUUUCUCCCCACAUAGCAUCCUGGUAAUCUGGGAAUUUUGAAAUAUUAUUUUGUGUCUUUAUAGCAUUACAUCCAUAACAAUCUAUAAGAAAGUCAUUUCAGGUACAUUUCUUUAGCACUAUUCAAACAAUAUAGCAUCACAUUAACAUGAUUCUAAAAAUCCUGGAGGGAGAACACUGGGUAUUAUUAGUUUUUUUUUAAUUUCUGUUUUUCAUAUUGUUUACUUCUUGGUUUUGGCAUUUUUUAACUACCAUAUAGGAAAAAUGUGUAGGAUAGCAGCACCAGUGGAAAAGUUUUACAAUUUUAAAUUUUGUACAAGGGUUCCUAAUAUGAAAGUAGUAUGGUGACUAUGGGGAUAAUAUAUUAUCAUGCUCUCUUGUCUAGUCAACUUUAGCAAUGGUCAUGACACUCUAGUUUUUCUAUAAGUUUAUAGAAUGUUAUAUGCAUUAAGAUCUGUAAUUAAUUUUGUUAUUUAUGUUUUUUUUUAUUACCUGACAAUGAUAUUUAAUUGUUCCUUUAAAAAUUUGUAGUCAGCAUCAUGCCAUUGUUGUAUUUUUUGGUUUCAGUAGCCAGAUCUCUUCAUUAUAAAACUAAUGUAUUAAAUAAAGAGAUGUGUUAUGAUUGCAAACAAGUAUCCACCAGAUACACAAUGACAUAGAUGAUAGCUGCUAUAGGUUGCUGUAUGGAGUUCAAUAAUGAACAAAACUCAUACCACAUAGCAAGCUAAAAAAGAUGCCAAACCUAGGACAAAUUUUGAAAUGGAGUUUGGAACAAUUGAACACAUGUUUGAUUACGCUAUUAACUUAUUUAAUAUUUUUUGUUCCAGAUUUAUGGCCCCUUAUGCAGAUAAUUUGAAAUUUUAAUUUCUAUGAAAUAAGAUAUUUCAGAAUUGUCCAAUUUGCUUAAUUUUUGUCGAGCCUGCGACUUUUGUCGCAAAAGCAAGACAUAGCGAUCCUACAUUCCGUCGUCGAUGUCGUAGUCAUCGGCUGCGUCCACAAAUAUUCACUCUGUGGUUAAAGUUUUUAAAAUUUUAAUAACUUUCUUAAACUAUCCUGGAUUUGUACCAAACUUGGACAGAAGCUUGUUUAUGAUUAAAAGCUAGUAUCUAGAAGGAAAUUUUGUAAAAAUUUAUUUCCCUUUUUUCCAUAUAUUACUUAUAAAUGGACUUAGUUUUUCUUCCAGUUAACAUUACAUACAGUCUGCAGUUAAAGUUUUUAAAACAUUUAUUAGAUUCAUAAACCAUCCUGGAUUUUUACCAAACUUGGAUAAAGCUUCUUACAAUCAAAAGAUAGUAUCUAGAGGAAAAUUAUUAAUAUUUUUUCCCCAUUUUUGUUGAGCCUGCGACUAACAGCAAAAGUAGGCGAGACACUGGGUUACGCUGAACCCUUAUGAAUUUUUUUUCAACAAAUCGAAGAAAUGAAUUUUAGAAAAGAUUUGUUUAAGCAAAGCAUACUCUUCUUACAUUUAAUGUUAUGAGCUUAAAUCAGGUGUUAGUUUUCUAAUUUGAUUUUUUCCCAAUUUUCUUAUCCCAUGGUCAUUAAUAGCUUACUAUACGGUUUUUCUCAUUGUUGAAGGCUUAUAGUGUCCUGUAGUUGUUUACUUUCUUGUCCGUUUUGUCUUUGCUGGAUUGAUGUAUCAUUGUCAGUCAUACAACAUUUUUUUAUUUUCAUGGUAUUUGUUAUUUUUUAUUUAAAAAGAUUUAUGUACUCGUAUUCAAAUGUUGAAAAAUAUAUUGUUAUACAGUUAAUCAUUAAACUCAAUUUCAAAUUGAAAUUUAGAUAAAAAGUUGUUUGUUCACUGAU